AUGAUGCUCAACAAAGUUCCGCCUAUGCCUGCCGCCCUCGACCCCAUGACAAAUUGGACGCCCAUAGGCUCCAUCGAGGAGUACGAAAUGAGCCUUCCCUCACCCACUGAGAAAGAGCCACGGCCCUUGAAGCUGUUGGCCACUUUCCCCUUCAGUGCACAGCUUGUGGCUGACGCCAUCUACGAGCGUGUGAUGAAUCCUCGGAACUUUGUCAAGAUUGCGCCGCCGUUUCCGCUCGAACACCCGGCGUUUUUCGACGAGUGGUACUACUACUUCAAGCGCAACAUGGGAUGGAACUCGGAAGUGUUCCGCGUCUAUCUACUGGCGCCUCUAGGCACAACAGCGCCUCGGCUCAUUGGUUCGCGAGACCAGAUCAAACGGGCCCGCAGCGAGAUCCUGAGGACCUUCAGCACCGCCAUCAAACGGCACCUUGGCCCCCAGUACAUGUCAUUUUUCUUUGGCGAUACGGUCGACCGGCAAAUGGCCGAGACUACGAUCAUGGAAAGCAUGGAGUCGCAUGUUCCGGAAGCUGAGCUCUGGCGGAUUCUGCGGUACAACGAGUUGCGGGCCAAGGCCGAGAAAGGAAACAUCAGUCCAUAUUUGAACCAUUUGAUUGCCACGGGCCGUUCGGAGCAGGAGAUCUGGCGGCUUGUGAUGGAGAUCAUCAUGCGCAAAAAGUACAGCGAGAAGAAGCUUUGGGCGUUGAACAAGGCAAUGCAGCGGCACCAGAAGGAAGUGGCGCCGCUCUUCUUCCGGGUGAGAGACUUGAUUAGGAGCCUUGAACAGGAGAAUUUGCUUUUUGUAAAGAUCAAGCCCCUCGAGUACUACUAG